GUAACGUCGCAUCACUACCCGGAAGUUCGUCACCACCGUGCGACCGCUGCCAUUUUGCGUUCAGAAGACUCGAGGAGCUACGUUUUUGUUGUUCAGUAGUCACUUUACCACACCACAAAUAUUUUAUCAUGGCUAUGCAAGCAGCAAAACGCGCAAAUAUCCGUUUACCUCCUGAGGUAAACAGAAUCCUGUACGUUAGGAAUCUGCCGUACAAGAUAACAGCGGAGGAAAUGUACGACAUCUUUGGAAAAUAUGGACCAAUACGGCAAAUCAGGACGGGGAACACACCUGAAACAAGAGGAACAGCCUACGUGGUGUAUGAGGACAUCUUUGAUGCCAAGAACGCCUGUGACCAUCUAUCGGGCUUCAACGUCUGCAACCGUUACUUGGUGGUUCUCUACUACAAUGCAAACAGAGCUUUCCAGAAAAUGGACACAAAGAAGAAAGAGGAGCAGCUGAAGCUUCUAAAAGAAAAAUAUGGGAUCAACACAGACCCUCCGAAGUAGCAGUCUCCAAACCCCCUUUUUUUCCUCUUUUAUCUUCCCAGUACUUUUUUUUCAUUUGUACAAACUUAUUUUGUUGUUAAAGAAAAUGACUUUCUUAUAAGAAAAAAUCUGUUUCAGUGAGGAGUUGAAAAUAUUUGUUUAUAUGAUCCAAGGACACUGUUGGUAUGUACUAUUCAGAUGGUGCAGACAUGUAUUUGAAGAAACUUAUCUGGCAGGAUUUACACAGUGGAUGCUACACUUACAAUCCUUCUGCAUUAAUUUAAAACAAAUCAUGUUCUGUACUGGAUUGAGUUGUGACUAUACAGAGUCAUGUCUAUACAAUAAAAGCUUUUUUUCUAUGA